AUGCCGUUGUCAAAUCGCCGGCGUGCGCGCCGGAAGGAAAUCCAACUGCAGGAAACAUCCGACGCAGAGGCACCAGACUCGUCGCCUACUCGUCCCUCUGCAAAGAAACGCAAGGUUGAGCGCCGCGCCUCACCAUCUCGAACCGUUAUCAAAGCGGCGCCCGAAUCCGACGAAGACGAAGACUCCGCCGCUGAACAUGAACCGACAGCCCCUCAAGAUGUGGUCGACCUGGUGAUCUCAUACCUGAAUAUUCCGCGCGAGGAACUGCGCGUCACGCGCGACUUCUCCAACACCAAGACCGAGAACAAACAAUGUGUUCAAGCCUAUGCGAAAAUCGCCGGCCGCGACUGGACCUAUUACGUCAAGUCCCUGCAUGUCAACAUCGGUCGCGAACCAGACCGCGAGCAACACCCCGCCGAACAGUCCAGUCCAGUCACCAUUGCCGCUCGUUCACUCCCAGAUGUCGAUGUGGAUUUAGGUCCGAGCAAAUUUGUGUCGCGGCUUCAUGCGGAGAUUUUCUAUGAUGGCAAGUCGGCGCCCGCCUGGCAUAUCCGGGUGAAUGGUCGCAAUGGUGUCCGUCUCAACAAUCUGAUGCUGAAGCGGGGUGUCGAUGCGAUCCUAUCUUGUGGUGAUAUCAUUGAGGUCGCUAAUACCCAGAUGAUGUUCGUCACUCCCGGUGAUGUCCCCAAUGUUCAACCCGCUUUUAUCGAGCGCGCCCAGCGCAUUGCGAGUGGUCAGGAACCGGACCCGGCUUCCAUAGCCUGGGAUGCGUCGCAACAUGCUCAUCCCCAGCUGCAAGUCUCGCAGGCAACGGAGUCGGCGCGUCCCUCUUCAUCUGGUGGGCCUUCUUUGGCGCCUCCCCCGAACUUCCUGAAGCGCAAUGUGACGCCACCUCCCCGCUCCCCGGAUACGUCGGGCGCGCGCACGGUCAAGCAGUCCCCACUUUACAACCGGGGUAUGAUGAUGGAGAGUACUGAAGAGAUCGACUAUAGUCAAGAUGCGGCUAAGGAUCUUAAGCCUCCGUACAGCUAUGCUUCAUUGAUUGCGCAAGCUAUCUUCUCCAGCGAAGAGGAGAAGCUUACCCUCAACAGUAUCUACAAUUGGAUCAUGGACCGAUACGCCUUUUAUCGACACUCCCAGAGCGGCUGGCAAAACUCCAUUCGCCACAAUCUUUCCUUGAACAAGGCUUUCCAGAAAGUUCCACGUCGGACCGAUGAGCCGGGCAAGGGAAUGAAGUGGCAGAUUGCUGCCGAGUACCGUGAUGAAUAUCGGAAAAAGCAAGCACGGAAGGGUAACCAAUCGUCGGCCCCGUCAUCGCCGGCGACCAAGGAGCCUCCUUCGUCCGCACGUGCAACUCACAUCCCAUCAUCAAUCGAUACUUCCUUCCCAGCCACCGCUAAAAAGUCCCCGCCCGUCUCAUCCCCCGGAUUCAGCUCAUUCCCCGUCGCCCCCAUUGAGGCUUUCACUCCGGAGCGUGGUUCGCGGGCCGGCCGUGGUGCCGGCUCCGACCACCCACUGCGACACAUGGAUCCGCAGGCCGGCUACGAAGAACCUUCUCCGCUUCCUGCUCGCACACGCAGCACUGCCGAGGCCAGCAGAGCGCCGAACGCAAGUAACAACCUUGCCCCAUACGGAAUGUCAGACAACGUGGCCGGAUCACCACCAGUGCUUUCCUCAUCUUACUAUGAUGAGGGACCUUCAUCUAUGAUCACGCCCGCCCCGCAACGACAGCAACCCCGCCUCCCUCCUCCAAGCACUGCCCAGAUUCCAUCAAAAUUCAUGCCCAUGAGCUCACCGGCUCAGUUCUGGAAGUUCGCCGAUAUUGGCAGUACCCCUGCACGCCCGGUGCCGGACAUGAGUCCAUUGAAGGGCGAACGCAGUGAUCGGGAUCGUAUCAUUGGCGGUUUCCCUAGUUCUAGCCCCCCUCCACCAAACCUGGCUAGUCCCAGCAAGCCAGGGACAUCCAAUGGACUUGGCUCUAGCAGGACACUGCCGCCGCUACAAUCUGAUGCGUCGGAUAUGGGACCGGCUGUCUCACGGAAGGAAGAGGAGGAAGAGGAUGAUAAUGGUUUUGAUCUUGCUCGGUAUGCUACCCCUGGUCUUUCUUUUCUUCCAUCGGCUCCACCCUUCAAAUAA